AUGGCGACCCUUGAAGACAAAAGCUUUGCAGAGCCCAAUAAUCUUAGCCAACAGAACUAUCACAGUUUGCUGGCAGAGUGCUUGAAGAAAGGGUGUUUGUUUGAAGACCUGUCCUUCCCAGCAGAUGUGAGAUCCAUAGGCACAGGACCAUUGCUCCAGAAACUGCCCCAAAAGAUACAGUGGAAGAGGCCACAUGAGCUGCAUAAGAAUCCAAUCUUUUAUUCUACCAACAAAAAAAGGCUUGCACUAUGUCAAGGACCGAUAGAGAACUGCUGGUUUUUGGCUGCAGUGGAAGCAUUAACAUUUCAUGAAGACAUUUUAUUUAAUGUGGUACCACGAAACCAGAGCUUUGAGAGGAAGAAAUAUGCUGGAAUAUUUCAUUUCAAGUUCUGGCAUUUUGGAGAAUGGAUUGAUGUUGUAGUAGAUGAUCGACUACCAGUAAAUGAAACUGGUCAGCUUGUUUUUCUUUCUUCUGCUAAUAAGAACCUAUUCUGGGGAGCUCUUCUGGAAAAAGCUUAUGCCAAGCUGUGUGGUUCUUAUGAAGAUCUACAGAUUGGGCAAGUGUCGGAAGCGCUGGUAGAUUUCACAGGGGGAGUUAAUAUGACAAUAAAGUUGGCUGAUGCAUCACCUGAUCUCUGGGACAUCUUGAUAAGAGCAACCUACAGCAGCUCGCUCAUGGGGUGCCAGACUCAUGCAGGGCCAACAAGAGUCCUAGCAAAUGGCUUAGUGGCUGGUCACGCCUAUGCUGUGACUGGCAUUCGAAAGGUGACAUGCAAACAUGGACCUGAAAAUUUAGUAAGGCUAAGAAAUCCCUGGGGAAAAGUUGAGUGGAAAGGGGAUUGGAGUGACAGCUCUGGAAAAUGGGAGCUGCUCAGCCCCAAAGAGAAGAUUUUGCUACGAAGAAAUUCCGAUGAUGGAGAAUUCUGGAUGUCACUGGAAGACUUGAAAAUUCAUUUUGUGGAUCUGAGUGUCUGUAAAUUGACUCCUGAUCUCAUGAGUCCGGAAGAUGGGAAGAAGUGGAUGUGCUCCAUGCAGUUUGGCAAAUGGAUCAAAGGAAGCACAGCAGGUGGCAAAUGGAAGAACUUCAGCGGUUCUUUUUGGAUGAAUCCCCAAUACUUGUUGAAAGUUUUGCCAGGCAACGGAAGCAAAAGAUCUUUAUACUUCUGCAACGUGUUGGUGUCUCGGAUCCAAAAACAUAGUGGCAACAUCGGAAUUGGGUCCCUCAUUUUGCACAUAGGAUUAUCACUUUAUAAGGUCGACCAGGAGUCCUGCGAUAAUAAUAAAGCUGCCUCAUUCUUUCUUCAUCUGGAACAAACCUUUGGGUCAGUCGCUCUUUGUGAUAGGGAAGUGACUCAGGAUUUCCGCCUCCCUCCUGGGACUUACGUGGUGGUUCCCUCUACCUUUGAACCUCAUCAGGAGUCAGAGUUCAUCUUGAGAAUCUUCUCCAGAAAGCACAGCCUGCAUGAAUUGGGUGGAGACUUGAACUGUGUCCUUUCAAAGGAAAUAGUUGAUAAACAUGAAGAUUGUGAAGAAUUCUUCUCUACGUAUUUUGAGCAAUAUCCUGAAGUAAACGCAGUGCAGCUGCAAAGGAUCCUAAACAGGAUGACAUGGAGAAGUAUAUCUGAUCAUCAAAAUUAUGGGAUGAGAUUUAGCCUGGAUGCCUGCCGUAGUAUCUUGGCCCUCCUAGAUCUUAACAGUACUGGAACUUUGAGCAUUCAAGAAUUCAGAUUGCUCUGGAAAAAGCUGCUCCUUUACCAGGAAGUUUUCCAGAGAAAAGAUACCCAUCAAUUAGGAGCCUUGGAUCAGUUAGAAUUUUGUCUUGCUAUGCAAGAAACAGGAAUCUCACUUAGCAAUGAACUUUGUAAGCUGUUGACAGUCCGGUAUGGAAAUCCUGAUCUAAAAAUCACAUUUGAGAACUUUGCCUGCUUCAUGCUACGUGUGGAACUCAUGACGGAAGCCUUUAAUAAUAUGAGUAAAGAUGGAAAAGGUAUCUACCUUCUAGAGUCUGAGUGGAUGAUGAUGACACUGUAUUCAUGAAACAGUAAAAGAGAAGAACUCAGCCGAGCUACAUUGGCCCUUCAGACCAGGAAGCCAAAAUCAUGAAUGCUAAUGCGACUUUUAUUAUAAGAUUGCACUAACAGAAUCUUGCAAGUAUGAAUGUGCAAGUCAAGUAUGAGAUGCUUACUCAAAUUACAUUCCUGUUUGGACUCAGAUUUUAUUGAUCAGACCAUUGUCUAGGCUGCAGCUCUUCCUCCUGUCUCUCAAACUUCUUCUCACAGCACAUUUCAAGAGUGAAGGCAACUUCUUAUUGAGCGUUUGUGUAUGGUGCUUGACAUUUUGAGUCAGGCUUAUCUUUCUUGUGAAAUUCAAAAGUGUUUCAUGCAUCACGAGUAAUUCCACUCGUCUGUUAAGGAUUGCUUGUGGGUUUAAAAUAGUUUGAAAGUAUUACAUGACUUUGUUCAUGGGGGUUUAUGUUUAAAAGUAAAUCUGAGUUACACAGCAACUACUUGGGCAGCAGCCUGGAUUGACUGUCAGGUUAAGCCAUAAAUCAUUUAUAAACUUUUCUGCAAAUCUGCAGUUAGGUCACAAUGGCUACACUUAUAUCUUCAUAGUAGCAAGGGGCAAACUAACACAAAGUUAC